AUGGUUGUAAUUUCUUACGUUUAUCUACUUUCUACCCCUCCUCUCUUUCGUUCACCUGCAUCGUCCCCAUUCUUUUUCAUUCCUCCUCCUCCUCCUCUCUUUCGUUUCCCAGCAUCGUCCCCAGUCUUUUUCAUUCCUCCUCCUCCUCUCUUUCGUUUCCUUGCAUCGUCCCCAUUCUUUUUCAUUCCUCCUCCUCCUCUCUUUCGUUUCCCAGCAUCGUCCCCAUUCUUUUUCAUUCUUCCGCCUCCUCCUCCUCCUCCUCCUCUCUUUCGUUUCCUUGCAUCGUCCCCAUUCUUUUUCAUUCCUCCUCCUCCUCUCUUUCGUUUCCCUGCAUCGUCCCCAUUCUUUUUCAUUCCUCCUCCUCCUCUCUUUCGUUUCCCAGCAUCGUCCCCAGUCUUUUUCUUUCCUUCUCCUCCUCCUCUCUUUAGUUUCCCUGCAUCGUCCCCAGUCUUUUUCAGUCCUCCUUCUCCUCCUUUCUUUCGUUUCCCUGCAUCGUCCCCAGUCUUUUUCAGUCCUCCUCCUCCUCCUUUCUUUCGUUUCCCUGCAUCGUCCCCAGUCUUUUUCAGUCCUCCUCCUCCUCCUUUCUUUCGUUUCCCUGCAUCGUCCCCAGUCUUUUUCAGUCCUCCUCCUCCUCCUUUCUUUCGUUUCCCUGCAUCGUCCCCAGUCUUUUUCGUUCCUCCUCCUCCUCCUCCUCCUCUCUUUCGUUUCCCUGCAUCGUCCACAUUCUUUUUUCUCAUAAUCUUUUUUUUUCCAUUUUGCAAUUUCCAAUUCCAUGUCAACCUACUUCUCACGCCUUCCCUUUUUUUCUCCUCCUCCUCUGCACGUUUUAUCUCCCUCUUGAUGUUGGUUUCAUUCUACUCAUAA